AUGGGUCUGUCGGGAACUGGCCCUGAUGCGUCUACCGAUAUUGAAGAGAAAGAGGCCAGCGCCGCACCAAUGCCAUCACUCAGUCAAGCUUGGGGCUUUGCAAAUAAGAGCAUGCGCAGAGCCUGUAAUACUGCUUUGAAGAACAACAGUUUUUUUGAUACUCUUGUGGAUGGUAUCAGAAAAGAUGCUGAAACAAAGAAAAGAUGCAAGAGCGGCACUCCAGCAAGAGGGCAAAUCAUGCAAUCAGAUGACGUGGACGGCUUCCUUUCUCCUGACUCUAUUGUCAUAGGGAGAACAUUCAAACGGCGUGAUAUGAAAGCAACUCCAACACUUGAGGCAGAGAUAGACAAUCUAGCUUUGGAGUCUCCAGAAACACCCACGGCUAUGAGGUUUUUUGGCUUUGGCGAACAAGAGACUGGUGCAAAUGAUGGCAUUGGUGGAGAGCAGCGUCGCACACAACUUGACUUUGGAUCUCCGUUCACUGAACAAUCAGCUGUCAGCCGCUUUGCUUCAGGAGGUUUUGGAUCACCGCUUGUGGAAGCGAUCCAUGAAGAAGAUGAGGAUUCUGCAGUUGCAACGACCGAAAACAGUUUCCAUAUUGGGACUCAAACUGACUUGAAAUCGAGGUUAGAGGCAGAAAUCAGAGACCAUUGCAUUAGUAGAGACUGCGAAGAAGAGAUCUGCCGGGCCCUUUACCACCUCUUUCAGAGCAAAGCUGUACCGAUUAGUCGGUCAUCGACAACAGAUGAGAAUGAGGUUUUGACAAUUCGUCAGGUUCGCAAAGGCUCCAGCAUCAAAAUCCUUCGAAUUAAAGAGAGCCGACACAACACCAAGAAAGACAUCCGAGGAAGGAAACUUAAGCGGAAAGCUAGAUUGGUGGAAACGCUGUUUGCCAACUUGGAUGCGUCUCACAAUGAGAUUGUAUCAAUGAUAAAAAUCAUUGGGAAGAAUUAUUCACUCCGUGUCUUGGAGGAAGAAGAGUGUUGUUUGAGUAUCGAACAAUGUGCUGCCUUGAUGCAAUAUCUCCCAGUGACUGCUCGAGGAGUCGAACGGCUUGCACGGUUCUUUAAGACUACGUUGCCGACCUUUGGAGCGCAGUUAUUUCCCACCAUGCUCCGAAAGAAGCUCGCAGCUUUUGCUCUUGAAUCGUUCAGCCUGCAGCUUGGCUUUGAGCUUGUCUCUCUUGAGAUCAGAGGAGAAAAGCGCAACAAAAAGUGUCUUCAUGUUUGGGUGAAAGAACCUGCGAUUGUGAUCGAGUCUCUCACACAGAGUGCUAUUGUUGCUGGCAAGUUUGAAGACUCGCUGACGUUUAGUAAGCACAAGGACGAGUUGAUUGUUGUCCAAGGCUCAGAUCGUGGUGGUGAUAUGACACUUUGCUUGGUCCGUGUUGCCAACAGAACCAAGGGUAAUGCUCCCCAAUACUGCAUUCCUCUUGCGUUUUAUGAAUAUGGGAAGGAGUGUUACAGCAACCUGCAAAAAACAAUCUUUCACGCCAGUAAACCAACGGGAGAGUUCCUUCAAAAGAUGCUAGACGGCCGUCUUCAAAUCAUUAUUGUUGAGGUUGAAGACAACAGAAGUGUGGAUGCCCAGUGUCGAAUUGUGGAAUGCGAUUCCAUUUUGACGAUCACUCGAGUAGCAGACGGCAUGCACAACACACUGCGUUUGCCAUCUUCAACGGAAUCCGAAAUGCUACCAUCUUUUUCAAUUUUCAAUAGAACUGAAACAGUGCAACAACUCGACAAUGAGAGCCAACACAACAAGCAGUACUUGCAGUUGAUGGGAAAGCCAAUCGAUGGAGAAACCGAAUACCAAGGUUUUGCGCUCACCAAUAGCUUUGGUCGUGACAUCAUUCAAACAAAAUUCAGAGAAAGUCUUCGAGGCAGACCAACAAGUCAGGUGCGCAUAAAAUGCCUCCAAAUCAGAUGUUUCACAGCUGAUGAUAUUAAAUGUAACACUUGUCUCAUGGGGCAAGGAACUGCAGGUGUGAUGGCGCCUUGUACAAUGUGUGUUGGUAGAAAGAAAGACUUUGGCCGAUACUUGACACGACCACUGAACCAGCAACCACCUCUCCGACAAUACGAAAAUUCGAAUCCAAUAUUGUAUGAAGCUUUUGUUGCCGAUGCUGGUGGACGAGCUGAUUGGGUACGAGCUACUUCGACAGGACAGGCCAAGACUUUGAAACUUCGAUACCACAGUGUGGUACACCAACCACUGCUCAACACUCCACCAGAGCUGAACACUGGUUCAGGCAUGCACGUAUCGAGUGGCUUGCUCACCCACUGUACUACCAAAAUGUUGGAAGCACUGGGCAAGAUCGAUGGACAAGUCCCAUGGCUAGGGAAACUCUCUGGUUUGGUACGUGAAGCAAAACAUUUCGUUGGCACAGCUGUGAAAGAGGCCGAACGAUUCCGAAAGAAAGAUGCAAAGCUUCGAAAAGAUAUGGAGACAGCAGAGUCGCUAACAACAAUGGCAAAUCAGAUUGAUUUGAUCCAGAAAGAGCGGCUUGAAAUUUCGAGUCAGCUUGUUGCUUUGACAAAGGCUACAGAAUCAGCCAAGCUCUUUGUCGAAAAGGGCAACGACUUCAUGGCAGGCCUUUCAAAGAAGACAAAGAAUCGGAUCAUUGGUCCUGCAACAUAUUGUUUCAGAAAGGCGUACGAAAUCGAUGGGAGAGUGGCAUUCCGAGUUGAGAAUAGUGGAUUUGAGCUCUCAAACGGUGAUGGUCUCCGAGUACUUGAACGUCGACAUGCCAUCAGUCAGCGGAUGGGGCGACUCUUUCCCAAUGAUCGGCAGCUCCAAUUGCAAGUUGAAAGCCUCAUGAAUCACUACUGUGGAUUGGCAGAGUUACUCUACGAGAUAUCAACGAUGAUGAAAUCACAGCGGAAGUGGUCUGAAAGAGCGGCAUCUCGGUUUGAAACUAUUACUCGACAAUACGCAGAACGUUGGUUGGAGUUCAUUGCAAAGACUGGAGAUGCACCAAGCGCUAACAGUGAUGAGAUAACUGUUUUCAAUAAGCUUCAUGUUCUGAGAUCUCACUUGGCACCGUUUGCAAUUGCUAACCAAAUGCUUGGCCGGUGCUCCGAAGAAGGUUUUGAAUCAGCGCAUAAGUGUAUUGAAUCCAUCAUGCAUCCAUUGGUCUGCAUGACAAGCACUGAAACAAGGGCCUACACAAUAUUUAAAAGGAUUAUGCUCCAGUGUCGUCCGGAAAUCGAGGCAAUUCUUCGCGAAAUUGAAGAACGGUUUACAGGCAAGAAGCGGGCUCCUUAUACAAAGACGUCGCGGGCACUCAAAUCAUCCGACAAUGCUCUAUCAGCAGCCUCUGAGCAACACUCCCAGACCCUCCCAGAAGAAUUCAUUCACUCGAUCAAUGGAUAUAUUAUCAAGGAGGGGUGGAAAGAUCACUUCGAAUUCAUCUGCAUGAGUAAGGUUCCUGCAUCAUGGUCAGAUCCAUUCUCAUCGGACGAAAGCCUUGGUGGUGUUUAUCGCGCCAAUGCCGACUAUAUCUAA